AUGCCGCAAAAGGAUGUCCUUGCAUGGACAUCCAUGCUCUUGGCAUAUGCCCGGAGUGGGCAUAUUCUCAAUGCCCAAAAAACAUUUGAUGAGAUGCCGCAACACAGCCUUCUCUCAUGGAAUGCAUCUUGUCAGUCCACGCACACAGCUGGGAUCUACAAUAUGCCGAAAGGAUUAUCUCCGGGAUGCCCGAGUAUGAUCUCGUGUCGUGGAAUUCCAUUCUUGCGCCCGGAACGGGGCGGAGAUUUGCACGGAGCAAAACUUUUGUUUGAUGUAAUGCCGCAGCACGAUCUCGUCGCCUGGACCGCGAUGCUUAGCGCGUACGCACUGAACGAGGAUGUCGAUUCGGCACAGAGGAUUUUCCGCGAGUAG